AUGAUUCAUGUCUAUGGUUCAUGUGGUGUUUGGGAAUUGGUUGUACCUUCAGGUUGGAGUUUUUCUGUUGAUGCAAAGAUAGGAGGAAGGUUACAUGGUUUCCAAUUGAGCUCCUCUAUUGAAGAGUUUCAGAAAAUUGUAAUUGAGGAUUUUGGUUUAAAGGUAACAGAUGCAGAUUUGGAAUUGAGUUAUCUACCUAUUGGAUUGAUCAAUUCAUCAGAAUGUCCACCAGUGAUCAUUGCAAACUCAAGCCAAGUUCAAAACUUUCUAGGGUUUUGUAAGAAGCAUCCGUCAACUCAAUUGUGUGUUACCUAUAAAGCCAAGCAAGAUAAUGAGAAGAAGAAAGGGAAGAUGAAGCAAGGUCAGGUUGAUGGAGAUGAUUAUGAUGCUGACAAGCAUAACAAGAAGAAGAAAGGAAAGAUGAAGCAAGAGGAGGUUGAUGGAGAUGAUGAUGAUGAUAAAGGAGAUCUUUUCCUCAACAAAACAGUGUUAAAGGCAAGGUUUGAGUUAUGUGCAAUGAAGCAUAACUUUCACUACACAGUUACCAAAUCCAAUAAAUCAGUUUGGUGUAUUAGAUGUGCUGAUAAGGUGUGCUAUUGGGGUGCCCGAGCAGAGUGUUUGAAGGGCUCUACAUAUUUUAUUAUUAAUAAGUAUGUCGGUGAACAUUCAUGCGCACCUUCAAACAAAUCCAGUGGCGGUAAGACAGCUUCAGCGAAAACAAUAGGCAGUCUCAUCAUGCAUAAGUACGAAGGUGUCAAAGAAGGACCUAAAGCAAAAGAUAUUGUUCAGAUUAUGCGUCAUGAUUAUGGAUGUGAGAUCUCUGAUUCUUUAGCAUGGGAUUCCCGUGAAUAUGCAAUCAAUGCCGUCAGAGGUAUUCCAGACGAAAGUUAUGGAAAAAUACCAAAAUAUUUGCACAUGCUGCAAGAGGCCAAUCCAGGUACCCAUUCCUCUUACGAGACUGACGUCAAUGGAAGAUUUAAAUAUCUAUUUAUAGCGUUUGGUCAAUCGAUUAGAGGCUUCACCAAUGUCAUGAGACGUGUCAUUGUUAUAGAUGGAACAUUCUUGAAGAGUAAAUUUAAAGGGGUGCUACUGGUUGCAACUGCUUUAGAUGGAAAUUCAAAUUUGUAUCCUAUUGCAUUCGGGAUAGUAGACUCUGAGAAUCAUCAGUCUUGGGAAUGGUUUAUGAGACAAUUAAAAGUGGUUGUUGCUGAUGGUAAUGGCUUGGCUUUUAUUUCGGAUAGACAAGGGUCUAUAGCGAAGGCAGUUGAGAACGUGUAUCCUCUAGCGGCACAUGGUAUUUGUAUUCAUCAUUUGUUGAAUAAUGUGGUAACAUAUUUCAGAGGCAAGGGAUUAGCUGGGUUGGUUUCUAAGGCUUCGAAGGCUUAUAGAGUUGCUGACUUUAAGAGAAUAUUUGGUCAUGUCUGCAAUAUCAGUCUAGCAAUAGGAACCUAUCUAAUGGAAGCAGAUGUGAAAAAAUGGGCUAGAUGUCAAUUUAUUGGAUUCAGGUAUGACAUUAGGACAAACAACCCUGCUGAGUCUAUAAAUUCUGCUUUGCGUUCGCCAAGAGAGUUUCCUGCUAUUCCUUUGUUGGACAGUAUUAGAGAAAUGCUGACACGGUGGUUUUUUAAGCGUAAGAAAAAGAUUUCAAAACAUAAGCAUCCUUUGACCAUAGAUGUAGAGGAAAAGAUUGAAAGGAGAAUCGAGAAGGGAAAAACUUUCGUAGUUUACCCUAUAACAGAUAGUCAGAUGCUUGUGAAAGGCGAUAUAAUUGAUUGCUUUGUUGAUUUGGAUAAACGGGCUUGUUCUUGUGGGAAGUUCAACCUCUUGAAGAUUCCUUGUAGACACGCAAUAAAAGCCGGUUAUUCUGUUGGCAGAGAAGCACACACUUUGACUGAUUUUAUGUACACCACGGGAGCUUGGAGAGAAGCUUAUCAGGAAAGCAUUAAUCCUAUUGCUGUGCCUGAAGACUCUUGGUCCGUCCCAGAAGAUGUGGAAAACUCAGAAGGGCUACCGCCUGAAACAAGAAGGGCUCUUGGAAGAAAAAGAAAAAGCAGAUAUGAAACCGUUGAAGACAAAAUUCGAUCAUCACAAGGAUCACAGGGAAGUAAGACUCGCAAGUGCAGUAGAUGCUCUGGUAGUGGCCACAACAGAGCAACUUGCAAGAUGCCAAUAUAG